AUGGCCCAACUGUCUGGGAUGCCCAAUUGGCGGACCCGACGGUCGCGGCAAUCCGGACUGAUAUUUGUCACAAGCGAUCAAAGUGGGUGGAAACCCCCGAAAGAGGUGACCGUUUUGGACAACGGCUACCUUCGACUGAGCGGCGGCCAGCAAGGGAGGGAAGUGGAUGGACAGCGCAAGGGGAGGAACACGGCAAGGCGUGACACGCAGGAGGAAACCCCGUUGGCACAGAAAAGGUCCGAGGAGCGCGACGACGAGGCAAGACAGAUGAGUCGCAAAGACAUUCCACGUUGCGGAUCCAGCGCGCGGUGCACUCAGCGGACCGCCCCAGGUCAAUCCGGGAUAAUGACCGCGAUUAAAGUCGUGGGUCGGCUUGGCAAACUACAUGGAGGAAAGCAGAGGGGGAAGGAUGAGGCCCAAGUAUGGCAGGGCUGGCUAAUUGAUGGUCUGGAGGAGCGCGACCGAAUGGAAGUGGGAGAGAUGAUGAGGGGGAAUGGAUGGAGGGAUUGA